AUGACCGAUGAGGAUGAAUUAAGUACGCGAUAUGCUUUCCUUUUGCAACCUGUAAGAGAUUUGCAGAAAAAUUGGGAUAUUGAUAUUAGCCAUUUACUGGAAGAAUUUGUUGAAAGGAUACGAGAGUUAAGUGAUCACUCAGAACAGGAAGAUGAGGAAAUCGGUAGUGGGGACAAAUUUAAUUUUGCGGAAGCAGCUAUACUUAUUCAAGGUUCAACAAUGAUAUAUGGCAAAAAGGUUGAAUAUGUUCACGGGCUUGCACAGGGUUUCUACGAGCAACUCCGUGAUAAGAAAGCAUCCCAAAAAAGAAUUUUAGAUGAUGUAGAACAUACCGAUGACAUCGAUGAAUUUACUCAAGAGCCGGAUGAUCCUUGUGAUCUUAUUCAAUUCACAAAUCUUCAAAUAGUCGAUUGGAAGACAAUAAUGUUAAAAAGUGAGGCGAAACCUCCUCAGUUACUUGCACAAAUACCGAUCUCAUUAAUGCCUCUUGCUGAUUUUGAAAAAACCAACAUGUCGCUGUACUCAUCCCGAAAUCUUAAAGAACUAAUCGGAAAAAGAGAUGACUUCAUUAUUAACACUGGUUUCAUCCAUAAAAGUGGUGCUCUUUUACUCGAUUUGGCCAAUGCAAAGUUCUUGGAUGAUUUUGUGGUGCAAGAACAAGAUUAUGGCAAUUCUAGCUGCGCUGAUACAUUGAUGCAACAGGAUUUAGCUGAUAACGAACACAUUGGUAACUGUACUAGUGAAGUGGAGAAAGUUCGUCGUAUGACAUCUGCUACCAAUCUGAAUACGAUAACAUGUCCUAAUACGAGUCACGUGGAACUUGUUAAUGAUAGUGUUGUUGAUGUAAACAUGAUGAGGGAUGAUGCUGGCAAGAACUGUAUACAAAACAAUGAAACUGAUGGUUUAGGAUUUGAUGGACCAGCAUUUGGGGAUAUUGAAAACGAUGAGGAUGGUGAUCGUCAUCCGGCUGAUGAAGAAGCAUUUGAUGGGGCAGAUGAAGAUGAACCUGUUAUGGAUCUUUUUCGAUUACAGAAAUGUAAACAUGGACCUUAUCGGGCUUGCAAGCCUACUUUUGUACCGGAACAAGUCGAAAAACGCCGGUUAAAAAAAAGAGAAAAGUUGAAAACCUUUUCUACUCUCAAUGAAUUUCUUCAACGGCACGUCUAUCAUUCGUUACCGAAAGGAAUUACGCAUACCCUAGAUGAUGAUUUCUCAAUUAUUUUUGGGAAACUUAUCCGAAAUCUAGAAAGACAUCGAAUGAAUGCAAUUAAGGAGCGCGCUUUGCAACAUUCUGGAUUGCAGCAGCAGUCAGGUGAUAUCCAAUCAGAUGAGGAUGAAUUGGAGGUAGAUGAAUAUGAAGCCAUUAACAGUGGUUAUUCCGAUGAUGAAAUCGAGGGUGCUUCUGGUGUUACCGGUGACGGUAAUCUGACUUUUGCUGAUAUACCCAACGAUGAUUUGGAAGAUAGAGUUCACGUUUCUUCGAUGUAUAUGAAUUUUGACGACCCGGAUCUUCUUUUAAAACCUGCAGAACAAAUGACCUAUCAGGAUUUGCUGAAGGUUCACUUACAAAAGUAUUGGUCAUCAGCGGAAGAAACUACAUCGAAAUUAUGCAAGCGUGUGCAACAGUGGGAAGAAAAAAUUCAACUUUUAUUGGAAAAAGAAGAAACACGUCGAGAAUUUAAUAUACACCAGUAUGGUACCGAACUCUUGGAGCAAUAUGAAGACAUUGGACAGACAAAAACUUUCACUGAGCUUAUGGAGCAUGUAAGCACGCGGUAUGAUAUCAGCCGUUACUAUUUAGCAUCAUUAAUGCUUGCAAAUACUGGAAAUAUUGAGAUGGAUUUUGGCUGUGAAAGUGAAUAUAUGAAAAAAGGAAAAGGUUUAGCAUUAAAACUACUCAAAAAUGAACGUCAUCAUCAACAAUUUUCAGAGUCUCAUGCGCUCUCCACUUAA